GGAUGAUGUUGGGGUGGACAGUAAGGUGUUUCAAUCUCUUCAGAUCCUCUACAGACCGAAGUAUCCAAGUCUGAAAGGGUCUUGUUGGAAAGUCAAAGAAAAAGCUAAAUCAGAGCAAGCAACUUUCCGUGAUGUACGGAGAAGUCCCAGGCUGAGAAAGUGUCGUAGUGUAACCCUUAAUGUGUCACUUCGAGCAGCAGACAUGGUGCAGAAAAGUGUCAACACGCAUAAAAGACAUAUGCCAACAAAGUAUAAGGAGCUAAGUGGGGUAGAAUUCUGCAGGAGUAUCAAUAAGAUCCAGAAUGUAGCCAAAGAACAAGCAAAUAAGAAACAGAUUGUUUCUGUUCAAGACCUGACUAGCCAGGGUGAGGCUUAUGAACCAGAUUUCACCGAUGAAAAUCAGCUAGUGUCACACUUAAAGCAAGUUUACAACUUGGCUGUCGAAGGAGAAACAUCAAUUCUCUCAUCUGUUCAGACUCUUGUCAACCUUGUUUUGUACUUUGUGAAGGACAAGAAACAAUUUGAG